CUCACCCCUCUCGUACCAUUUUAGCUCUCUCUUCUAAGUUUUUUUUUCAAACACUAUAUUAUUACAUCUCGCUCUCCUCUUACCACUUUUACUAUUUGCCUCCUACUCUCUGAGUAUUUCUUUAACUAUAAACUCACCAUCACCCAUUUGUUUAUUAUUGCAUUACUUCUCCUUCUUUGUUUGAAUUUCUCUCACUUUCAUAAACAUAAACCUCUUCUUCUUCUUCUUCUUCUACCUCCUAAUUUCUCUUGUCCUUCUUCUUAAUUUUCUUCUUCUGAAUCCGUUCAUUUGAUCCUUUCCCUAAUAGUUUUAAAUUUGAAGAAAAGGAGAGAUUGAUUGACUAUCCUUUUAACAGAAGGGAAAAAAAAAGAUAGAAGAUUUCAAGAAAUGAUGCAUAGGUGCAGUAGCUCUCAAGGAAACAUGGUGGGUCCAUGUUCAUGCGGUCUGUUUCAUAGCCAAAGCAAUUCCUUUUCCAUGCUAUUUUCGAUGCCAAACCACAAAUCUUUCGAUGAAACAGACAUGUAUUGUUCUAUGUCCCCUUCUUCUUCCGUUGAUUGUACUCUAUCUUUGGGAACCCCUUCUACUCGUUUGUGCGAAGACGAUGAGAAGCGGAUCCGCCAUGAAAGACGCUCUGAUUCUUGCAUGUCAAACUUUUGUUGGGAUUUAUUGCCGAACAAAAAUACACCUUAUGCAUCACAAACGCAUAAGCCCAGCCGUGGAGGAAGUACUAGCUCCAAUAACAACCCCGCUAAUGAUCCUCUCCUCGCUCGUCGUUGUGCUAACUGUGACACAACUUCUACACCACUUUGGAGGAAUGGACCUAGAGGCCCAAAGUCUCUCUGCAAUGCCUGCGGAAUUCGGUUCAAGAAGGAAGAGAGAAGAGCCACAGCAGCAAAUGCAAACAACACAGGUGCAAGUGCAAACGCAUCUGGAGUAAUGGAGGCACACCCUGGUUACCACAACAGUUCAUGGGUUCACCACGCACAGGCUCAAAAAAUGCCUUGUUUUUCACCGGCGAAUGAAUUUAGGUUCAUUGAAGACAGCGAUCAAAAUUCUGAAACGGGCAUUCCCUUUCUUUCCUGGAGACUCAAUGUCACUGACAGGCCUAGUCUUGUCCAUGACUUUACAAGAUAAAAGAAAGUAAGGUCGACGGUCAAGAUCAUGAAGUGAUGGAAGUGUGACCAUAUAUAUUAACUUAUUGUGUAUCACGAUGAUGAUGUUGAAGAUGUCUAUGAUGGUGAUGGUGAUGGUUAUGGUCCCGUUUCGUCUCGUCUCGUCAAAUCCAAUUCUUUUUCUUUCAAGUUGUUUUCCAUUUUUCUUCUCCGUCAUACAUAGAUGGAGUGAAAAUGGGAUAAUACUAUGUGCUUAUUUUGCUUUUCUUCUUUUUAAGUUUUUUAACUUUCUUUUUUCUUUGAUUAGUUAUAUAAAACCUUUCUGUUAGUUAAUUCAUUUUCUCACUUCUCGAGCUAGGUGAUGAUCAUGGUGUUGGUCAUGAUCAUGAUGAACAAUGUUGAUUAUAAAAGUACCCUUUAA